GCAGCACACCCUGGUAAAUGAUGUAUUUCUAUCUCCUGGCCCUCGUCCUCCUGCACUCUGCCACCGGCUUUGUGACCCAGAAUGCUACAGGAACGUUAAUGGGAAAAGAUCGAUGUGUGUGUGAGGUCCAGUUACCAGACAGCUCCUUCCCAGCCAAAAAAGUGGGUUAUUUGGAAGAUGAGACCAUUCGUUUAAGUAACCGAGUGGAACAUGAAAUGCAGAUGAUUGAGGAGCAGUAUAUCAGGCUGGAUUUGUAUUUGGAAAACCUCACAAACCUCACUAAGAGGGUGGAAAAUUUGGAGAAGAUGCGCCCCGAGGAUCUGAUAGAGUUCAACUUUGAGCUGUUGAAGAAGGAGAUAAAAGAAAUGGAAAUAUUAAUCUUGGAGCUGAGAAAGAAGCAGAAAGGCAGUCACGUGGAGAACUUGGACAUGGAGGUCAGGAACAUCUCCAAGAUUGUCAACCAAUUAGAAACCCUGGACAAGAACAACGUUCUUAAGACACAGAGGGAGAUGGAGUUGCUCAAAAAACGAAUCCUGGACUGCGAGAAGAAUCUAAAAAAUAUGAAGCCCGCUGUUCCUAUACCCCUUGGAUCAUGCCAGCACCAUGGUUUGGCUCGCAUCAGCAAUCCAAACCUUCUGCAGAUGAACUGGAAAGGUUCUGGGUACAAAUACGGGGCCUGGGGCAAAGACGCGGCCUGGAAUGCCACCAAGAAGAUGAUGUAUUGGGUAGCACCACUUAACGCAGAUGGCCGAAUACUAGAGUCAGUGCGAAUAUAUCCAACUCUUUAUGACUUACAAAUGUACAAAAACCAGAUGGACUUGCCUCUUAUAACGACCAUUAAGAAUAAAGUGAACUACACCAUCGCUGGUCAAGGUUCAGGGAUGGUUGUAUACAACUAUAACUUGUACUACAACUGUUAUAACUCAAGAGAUAUGUGCAGAAUCAAUUUAGGUAGUGCUUUCCAACAGCGGAAAACCAUUCCGGGUGCAGUUUUCAAUAAUAAGUACUCCUAUUCUUCGUCCAGCUAUCAGGAUAUUGACUUUGCCUCCGACGAGAAAGGCCUGUGGGUUAUAUUUACCACUGAAGAAACAUCUGGUAACAUUGUAGUGGGUAAAGUCAAUGUUGCCACCCUGACAGUAAAUAGCACCUGGACCACCACACAGUACAAGCCUGGUGUCACCAAUGCCUUCAUGAUCUGUGGUGUCCUCUAUGCAACCCGCUCUGUCAGCCCAAAGCAAGAAGAAGUCUUCUACAUGUUUGACACCAAGACAGGAAAAGACGGACAUAUCAGCAUCAUGUUCGAGAAGGUCACGGAGAAAGUGCAAAGUCUGAAUUAUAACCCGAAUGACCGCAAGCUGUACAUGUGGAGUGAUGGGUUUCUGACAUCCUACGAUAUUUUUAUGAAACCUUGAGAUUUCGAUCCAAUGUUCUUCCUAUAAAGGUCUGUCCUGUCUUCUUUCAGUUGUUCUUAGUUGUUCCCCUUGCUUAACGCAAAAUAAAUAAAUAUACAACACUGUAUUGACUUUUGACACUUUUUCCACUAACUUUCUUCUGAGUAUAAUUCUGAAGAAUAAUUUAAAUAAUCCCUUAUUUGUUUUGCUUUUUUUUAUAACAAGUCACGUAGGAGAGGUGCAACAAGCCAAACAAAUACUAUACUAACUUAGUUCUUUAAAAAAAAUCCUUUUUAAUCUUUUGGUGGCAGAGAAUACUGUGGUAUCCAGUGGACGUAGCAACCUGCCUCUUGUCACUGCAGACAGAUAGAAAACAUCUCUUUCAAGGUUAGAUGAUACGAUCUGCAUACAGUGCUGAGGUCCCCGAGUCCCCUGCAGGAGAAUAUUAUGACCCAAAUCUCCUAGAUCCAGUUCGAGAUGCUCUCUCCGUAUAUUCUGCCUCUGUUUAAUAAAAUCAGUCUGAUUUAAUGGGUUCUUACAAAUCAUGUAAGUUAUAUUUACAAAUGAUUAUAUCAGAAAAAUAAAGUAAUUAUGUGAAAUA